AAAACUAAGGUUUUUUUAGGGGAAAGGUUUACGCGUUUAUUAGCUUCGUUAGUAUUAUGUAACCAACGUGUCCGUGAUUACAGGAUUUAUCAGUACCCCCUUUAUGUUUUAUACAUAGGGUGUCCGCCAAUGGGGAACACCGCAGACGAUGACGUUAAAUUUCGGCGCCGGCAUUUUCUGUUUACUUAGAAUAUAAUCGCAACAUGCUCUCAUUGUAAUUGUCAAGAGUUAAAUUGUAAAAGUAGGAUAAGAGUUAGAAUUUGGUUUCGCCGUUAAACGCAGCCCUCAUCCCUGCCCCCCGCGCCAUGUCAGAUGACAAGUCAACAUUUUCCCAUGAAAUAAAUCGCGAUAGCGCUUUCGUGCCUCCGGACGGACUUUGCUGGUUGUCUGUCCUGUCCUGUUUAGUACUUGCCUGCUCUUACGUCGGAAGUUUAUACGUUUGGCGCAGCGAUUUACCAAGGGAUCACCCGUCUGUGAUAAAGCGGCGCUUCACCAGUGUGCUAGUCGUCUCUGCCCUGUCGCCUGUCUUCGUCUGGACAUGGAAGGAGGUUACUGGUGUGAGGCCUGGGCACUCCUUGCUGGCCCUGAUGGGCAUUCGUCUGGAGGGAGUGGUGCCAGCUGCCAUUUUACCCCUGCUGCUCACCAUGGCGCUGUUUCUGGGCCCCCUGAUCCAGUUAGCGAUCGACUGCCCCUGGAGUUUUAUUGAUACAAUCAAAGUGUGGAUCGGAGGCGGCGUCUCUCCCCCCCCUGCAGACCCGUCGUUCUGGGCCCUGUGCGUGAGCGACAUGCGCUGGCUCAGGAACCAGGUGGUGGCGCCGCUGACGGAGGAGCUGGUGUUCCGCGCCAGUAUGCUGCCCAUGCUGGUGCCCUGCGCCGGGCCCAACACCGCCGUGCUCACCUGCCCGCUCUUCUUCGGCGUCGCUCACUUCCACCACGUGAUUGAGCAGCUCCGCUUCAGACAGGCCACUGUGUCGGCCAUCUUCCUCUCUGCCGUUUUCCAGUUCUCCUACACGGGUGUCUUUGGAGCCUACACUGCCUUCAUCUUCAUCAGAACUGGUCACCUGGUGGGCCCGGUGCUGUGCCACUCCUUCUGUAACCUGAUGGGGUUCCCGGCCCUGAGCACGGCCCUGGAGCACCCCCGCCGCCUCACUCUGCUGUGCUGCUACCUGCUGGGGGUGCUGCUGUUCCUCCUGCUGCUGUUUCCCCUGACUGAUCCCUCCUACUACAGCCCCCCCACACCCGUCUGCAGCCUGAGCACUGUCCCGGGGUCUGUGUGCUCCUGACCGGCCCCGGGGUGCACGUACACUCACACACACACACACUCUCACUCACAGACAAUCACACACAAACACGUACACUAAUACACACACACACACACACACACACACACACACUCACACACUCACUCUCACUCAUAGACAAUCACACACACACACGUACACUCAUACACACACACACGCUCACACACUCACACUCUCUCACUCUUACUCUUACUCUCACUCAGACAAUCACACACAAACACGUACCCUCAUAUACACACACACACUCACACCCACUCACUCUCACUCACAGACAAUCACACACAAACACGUACACACACACAGACACACACACACACACUCACUCUCACUCAUAGACAAUCACACACACACACAAACACGUACACUCAUACACACACACACACACACUUACACACACUCACUCACUCUCAUAGACAAUCACACACAAACACGUACACACGCUCACACACACACACUCUCUCACUCUUACUCUUACUCUCACUCAUAGACAAUCACAAACACGUACCCUCAUAUACACACACUCUCACUCACUCUCACUCAUAGACAAUCACAUACAAACACGUACCCUCAUAUACACACUCACACACACGCACAUACACACACACACACAUUCAUACAGAUGCACCCACACACAUGCACAGAUACACCCACAUAUGAAUAAGAAUGUAUGGGCCCAGACAUGCAUGCACAGGCUAGCACACAUGCAAAGACACGCAUAAAUACAGGGACUACAGCAACAGUACCAAAGCAGGUUCCUCCAGCAUGCUGUGCAGCCAAGGCCUCAGUGUGCUGUUAUAAGGCUUCAGGUGCUCAGUGUUGGGGGUAGACUGUACACAGACUCACUGCGCGGGCCAACAGUGCACGCCGGCACAAAACACUCACUUUCCCAGCAUUCCAUCUCCCUCUCUUUUGGUAACCAUGCCAAUCCUUACCUGCAUUUCCUGUUUUCCCAGUUCAGGGAAGGUACCGUAAUGCCCGGUGUAUAUGUUCAGGCACAUUGCUCAGGGUGCUCUGAAAGAGGGGGGGUGACUCGCACUCCUCAUGUCUCUCCGUCUCUAGACGCCUGUCAUUCCUUCGCCUCUCCUUCUUAGCAGUGGCGACAUCUUAUGAAACCAACAACUACUCUCUCCUGCUGCAGUGGUAAUCAUUCAUCUGUUAUUGGCUUUAAAAAAGAGAAAAAGGUUUUUUUAGUAUAUUGCUUUUCUUCUUCGCGAUCUAGUUUAGUAGCAUUGAUUGUUAGCUUGAGGAAUGGAGGACAGAGCAGCUUGCAAUGCUAAAUGCUAACAAAUGCUAACUGUUACUGCAUUUGCAACCUGAGGCAGAGCAGCUUUCUCAUAAGUACUGUCAGAAUAUCCCACAGGGGAUUCGAACCCACAACCUACAGGUCAGACACUGCCACAAAAUAACAUGAUAGCCGGACCCACUGGGUGGCAGUGCAUGGACUUGGCUGUGGCGGACGUUUUUUUAAAGGGUUUCUAUUUCUGACCCCAUGACUCAGACACCAUGUUUAACUAGUGAAAGGAUCUCUGUUUUUGAAGAGCUCACUAAUACAAAGUAGGGAGUAACUUGCAACGUCCGGUUGGAAACGUUUUUUGUUUCGUCGUCCGUUUUGACUUUGGGGCCUUCGUCCAUUACACUCAUUAGAUGACAGUAUUUGGUGCCGAUGUUUAAAUUUCAGUAUUGAUUCUUUACAUAUGCUCCGCUGAGUAGUGGGGCCUCUUUGGCUCCUCGUUUUGGGCCCAAAAAAAUCUCAGCCCUCUCAAUUACAUUCCAAAUCUAGCCAAAUGGUUUCCACUUUAAGUGGAUGCAAACAUGGAGUGGAUGACUGGGAAAGGACAGUGUGCUGUGACUUUAAGGGUCUAGAGAUUGGGGACUGAGACUGGGACUGGACACUGGGACUGGAGACUGGGGACUGGAGUCUUGGGAUUGGAGACUGGGACUGGGACUGGGACUGGGACUGGGCCGCAAUGUAAUAGAUGGCAAUCUUUGUCAGGUCCUCAAAAGGCAUGAAUGUUUUGAACUUUAGUAUUGACACUCCAGUUGAUGGCAGGAUCCUACUUGCUAUCGCAAAGUGGACCACGUAAUUCUGCUCCAGGGUAGUGGAGGGAAAGUCACUGUAGAGGGAGCAGCAGGAAUGAAACGGCACUGAGAACCAUAGCAAUAAUAAUCUGUCCAAUCUAGCCACAAUGCGCUUCGUCUUCAACUUUCAGUACUGUUCCAUAGCAAGGCUUCGUUAUGUGCUUUUAAUACCGCUUUUGUCAUCUCCGCUCGUUAGUGUGUUCAGCGCGAGUCGAGAAAAUGUUUCAGUUCCUUGCUAAAAGUUCUGGGAAAAAAAUGCCUUGUGGUUAAAUUAUCAGGGAUUCUUUGAAUGUAGAAAGUGUUAAAGAGCACAGCUCUACAUGUCUAUAUAUUAGAGUAUCCCUGCACCCUCCAAAACUGCUUUCAUCCCAGAGAUUGUUCAGUGCAGUGACUUAAGGCCCAGCUUCCACUGCCGUAAACCUUGCACAGAAAUCUAUCGGUGGGUGAAGUUUCUAAAAUAUUGGAAUAGAGUGUCAGUCUGUAAAGACCUUGUUCCAGGCAUUUUAUUGGACAGAAUUGAGGUUUUCAAGCAGCCAUGUUCACAUCAGUCAUUCACUCGGAGCUGAAACGACAUUCUGCCGCAAGAUUUUCAAACGGGAAUGUAGGUCAUCUAUGCUGGAGGACGGGGGGAUCACGCUGUGGUCCGAGGCUAGAUCCUGCCAUAUCAGGAACCCUUGAUUUUGAGACACUCCGCUGCUGAUUGGAAGUUACCGUUUGUUUACACUAGGGGGCGCCAUUUGACCGCGCUGAGUUCCAGUGGUCGAUGUCUGGGAUCAGUGGCGACACUGCAGCUCUCAGGGUCUGAUACCGUGUUUCCUACUGGAACAGCGUCCAUAACCACCUUUCCAUCAGGGCCAUAAUCAGUGACACAAUGCCCUGCAGAGUAUGGCCCAUUCCUGUUUAUCCUCUUGGCUGUGGAGGAGCCCUUGUGUUUGUUAUUACUCUCUUCAGGCUGGUGAUGUCAUUAUUGACCAGGCUCGGAUCUUAUCUGAGCCAAAACUCACUAACACACCCGCCGCCCCCGCCAUUUCAAAAGCGUCCAUUUCAUCGGUUUCUAGAGGGGUGGGGGGCUGAGAUUAGACACCCCUGCUGUGUUAGUUGUGAAAAGUGCAGAGUCUGGCACACCCCGUGUCCACCGUCUAAAUUUGUCUCCGUUUCUCCCUUGUUAGUCGAACUGCUGAGAAAACUGAUUUUCUUUUUUACCUGCCAUUUUAGAAGGCACCUUUGAAAUGCAUUUAGGUCUUUUAUCAUAUCUGUUGCCAAAUUCCAAAACAUUAUUGUUGCAUAUAAAGAACAUAUAUUUGACAGAAAUAGAAGUAUAUUUUUGCAAAUGACAAUGCAUCGAAGAAUAUUUUGCUGAAGUAUACUGAUGUGUAUUCUAAACAUUGGAAUUUCAAGGAGAGUUUUAUGCACACAGUUACAUGGUGUAUGUAUAUCCAAACCACUGACCUUGUAAAUUAACUAUAUGAAGAUGUUUAUAUUAGCGAGCACUAUAUUUGAUAAUCAGAUCUAUUUUAUUGAACUGACAUACUGUGGGAUGUGCACGUUUUCCCCUUGGCUACUUUGUUCAAUGCAAUGUUUGGAAACAAAAUAUUGAAUUUACAGUUAUUUUGACAAUCUACAUGUUCUCUAUGGAAUUAUAGUUGAUAAAUGGAACUGCCAAGUCACUGUAGUUUGCAUAAAUAAAUGAUAUGAUUGAAUUUCUAUAAA